GUGUUUGGAGGGGAGCAGCAAACGGUGCUGGAGAGGGGUGACCACAAGUGUUGGGUGACCAGAGAUGACCAGAGGUGACCACGAGUGACAGAUGACCAUGAACGAUGGUUGACCAGAGGUGACAACACCUAUUGGAUGACCACAAACACCCAUCAUUAACCACAGCAUCUCCACGACUGCACCACGCAGUUCCCCGCGUGCGUCACCGCGUGCCACACCGCGUCACCUCCUCAUCACCGCACCACCUCUCCCGGUGUCCCCUCCUGUCCUCGAUGGCGUCCCCGGUGCCGCGCCGCGUGCGCCUGCGCCCAUGGUUGGUGGCCCAGGUGGACAGCGGGCGUUUCCCAGGGCUGCGCUGGGUGGACGCGCGGCGCCGGCUCUUUGUGGUCCCAUGGCACCAUGCCACGCGGCACUUCCCGGCGCACGGCGGUGGUGACGAUGACACCGUCUUCAAGGCAUGGGCAACAGAGACGGGGAAGUUCCUAGCAGGGCGGGACGAGCCGGAUCCUGCCAAGUGGAAGGCAACGCUGCGCUGCGCCCUCAACAAGAGCCGUGAGUUCCGCCUGCGCUACGACGGCACCCGUGCUGUGCCCCCCCGGCCCUAUAAGGUGUAUGAGGUCUGUGGGGCCGACGGAGCAGACAUGGUGACCGGGGAUGACUUCAGCUGCGGUGGGGAGGAAGAGGAGGAGGAAGAGGACGUCAGCGAGCUGCAGAAACUGAUGUCUCUGAGUAUUGAUGACUGCGGAAGGGACCCGGUGCCCCCCUGGCCUGAGGAGCUCCCCCCGUUCAGCAGCACCGACCCCACAUUGCCCUUCAUGCCCCCUGAGCUGCCCCCUGAGCUGACCCCACAGCUGACUCCGCAGCUGACCCCGCAGCUGACUCCACAGCUGACCCCACAGCUGCCCCCCCCAGAUCCCCCAGCACUCCUGGAGCACGGAGUCCCCAAUCUGUUGGCCAGCCCUCACCUGCUGCCCUUGACAGACCUGGAGCUGCGCUUCCAGUACCGCGGGCGGCGGGUGAGCACCCUGACUGUCAGCCACCCCCUGGGCUGCCGCCUGUCCCACGGGGGGUCUCUGCCCCCCACCCCGCAGCACCCCGACCUGCUGGGACACCCCGAGCUCCAGCAGGUCCACUUCCCUGACCCCGAGGGGAUCCCGCACGACAAGCAGCGCCGCUACACCCGCACGUUGCUGGGGGCCAUGGAGCGGGGGCUCCUCCUGGAGCUGGGGGGGCAGGACCUCUACGCCACCCGCCUCUGUCGCUGCAAAGUGUUUUGGGAUGGGCCCUGCGCCCCACCCCAGGACCCCCACCUCGACCCACGGCCCAACCCCAUGGAGAGGGAGAGGAGGAUCCAAGUGUUCAGCCUCCAGCGGUUCCUUGAUGGGCUCAUCCUGUUCCAGAAGGGGCAGAGCCCAACACCACCACCCUUCGAGGUCUUCCUGUGCUUCGGGGAGGAGUGGCCUGACCACAGACCCAAGGAGAAGAAGCUCAUCACCGUGCAGGUGGUGCCGGUGGCGGCACGGCUGCUGCUGGAGCUGUUCUCAGGGGAGCUGUCGUGGUCAGCUGACAGCGUCCCACUGCAGAUCUCACAGCCCGACCUGAAGGAUGCUCUGGUGGAGCAGUUCAAGGAGCUGCACCACCUGUGGCAGCAGCAGCAGCGCCCGGAACCCGGCCCACGGCCCCCGCUGUGAUGCGGGGAUGGAACCCCCCUACCACAGGGAUGGGGAAAAAAUGGGGUGUGUGGUCAUUCCUGGGGGGCAAGGAGGCUUUGGGGGCUUCCUCGGUGCUAUGGGGAUGGUGGAGCUCUGGGGACAGCUGGAGAACCACAUCUGGAGCACCACCAGACCUAGAACACUGCCAUAACCAGAGCGCUAACUCUCCUGGAGCACAUCUAGAACACACCUGGAGCACCUCCAGACCUAAAACAUUGCCAUACCAGGACUAGGGCUGCCCCUGGAGGACAUUUGUAAAACCACAUCCGGAGUGCCACCUGACCUAGAACAUACCCAGAGCAUUGCUGCUUCUGGAACACAUCUGGAACACCAUCUGACCCAGAACAUUGCAGUACCUGGUCUGCUGCUACUCCAGGAGCACAUCUGGAACACACAUCUGGAGCACCACCAGACCCGGAACAUCUCCAUACUUGGAUCUUCACUGCUCCUGGAGCACCAGAUCAAAAAACAAAUCACACCUGGAGCACAUCUGGAGCCCCACCACCUGUAGAACAUCACCAUACCGGGACCACAGCUGCUCCUGGAGUGCCACAUC